GCGAUGAGGAAAUAAUCCCUCCCGGUCACUGCCCGAGGGCAGUCCGGAAGCCAGCAGCGCCUGCGCGGGCGCUGUCCUUCCUCGGGUCGAGGAUGCGCGCGCAGCGCUUUCCGCCUCCCGGAAGUUUACGCGGGACAACUAAGAAGGUCUCUUCUAAGAUGGAGUUUCCAGCCCAGGGAAUCUGAAGGCCAGACUGUGACCCCAUUAAGAAUUCCAUCAUGUGGAAACCCUGACCCUGAGUACCUCAGAAUGUGGCCGUAUUUGGAGAUAGGGCCUUUAAAGAGCAUGAUCACCUUCUGUCCAAACUGUGGCAAAAAUAUCGAAGCGACAUUCAAAUUCUGCCCCUACUGUGGGAAACCUUUGCCUGUGGAGGAGCAUGAAGGGUGCCAGACCUUUGUCAGACCGCUUACGUCAUCCUUCCGAGGCUCAAAGAGAAAGAGGAACACCAGUUCUGAAAGCUCUUCCAAGAAAGUGAGAUGGUCUAGCACUGUCACCUCUUCCUCGUCAUCCGUCUUCUCUGAUGGUGACAGUUCUGGGUCUGAAGAUACCUUGAGACCCUGUGAGAGACCCAAAGGGUCCUGGAGCAGACCCCCAACCCCCAAAAGCAGCCCACAGGCGACCAGGCAAAGCCCUCAGACCCUGAAGCGGAGCCGGGUGACAACCUCGCUUGAGGCUUUGCCCACAGGGACGGUGGUGACAGACAAGAAUGGGCGACACUGGAAACUGGGAUCCCUCCAGACCAGGGACAGCCAGGGCAUUCUCUAUAAAGCCGAGCCUGUCUCCACCUUCACCUGCAAGUCAAGUCCGCAGAAACAAAGAUUCUCGCUUAAACUAGAUGCCAAGGAUGGGCGCUUGUUCAUUGAGCAGAACUUCUUCCAGCGGGCGGCCAAGCCUUUGCAAGUGCACAAGUGGAAGAAGCUGAACUCGACCCCCCUCCUGGCCAUCCCCACCUGUGUCGGUUUUGGCAUUCACCAGGACAGGUACAGGUUCUUGGUGUUUCCCACCCUGGGGAGGAGCCUUCAGUCGGUCCUGGAUGACAACCCAAAGCAUAUAAUGUCGGUGAGGUCUGUGUUCCAGAUGGCCUGCCGGCUGCUGGAUGCCCUGGAGUUCCUCCAUGAGAAUGAGUACGUCCAUGGAAAUGUGACAGCUGAGAACAUCUUUGUUAAUCCAGAGGACCUGAGCCAGGUGAUGCUGGGAGGCUAUGGUUUCACCUUCCGCUAUGCCCCCGGUGGCAAACACGUGGCCAAUGUGGAAGGCAGCAGGAGCCCACAUGAGGGGGACCUUGAGUUCAUUAGCCUUGACCUACACAAGGGAUGUGGGCCCUUCCGCCGCAGCGACCUCCAGACCCUGGGCUACUGUUUGCUGAAGUGGCUGUACGGGAUCCUGCCAUGGACAAACUGCCUUCCCAACACCGAAAAGAUCAUGAAGCUGAAACAGAAGUUUCUUGACAACCCGGAGGCCCUCGUGGGACAGUGCAGUCGCUGGAUCAGUCCCUCAGAGACCCUGCAGGAGUACCUGAAGGUGGUGAUGGCCCUGAAGUACGACGAGAAGCCGCCCUACACCAUGCUGAGGAACAAUCUAGAAGCCCUGCUGCAGGAUCUGCGGCUGUCAGCCUACGACCCCCUGGACCUCCAGAUGAUACCAUAGAUCUUUCAACUCAUGGUUUGAAAUAGAAAAAAACCCAAACAAGAAAUGUGACUCAAGGCCUGCUGUAGUAUCACAGAUACGCUUCUAGAAAGAUCCCUUGAAUGUGCACGCCUGCUGCUUCUUUAAGCAUCACUAUGAAUCAGUCUUGAUUAGCAUCAGGGAACCCAGCAGUUAAGCUCCAGAUAAUGUGAAUUCCUCCUUUCGAUUGUCUCAUCCUUUCAGCCAUCGUCACCUACCAGCCUCUGGGGUUGUGGACAGAGAAGACCCCCAGCUCAUGGUCGGGGGUGAGCCAGCCCCCUCAGUCGGCACCCUUCCCGCUACUAUUGACACUACUAUGAUUUGGUAAUAAAUUGUUUCGUUGGAGCUUGGAUAGUAGAGUGUCUACAAAAGAAGCUCCUUUUGGAAAA